CACGCCCUAUUUUCCAUCACCUCCUGCUUCCCUUUUCAUCUUCUAUGUGGAAACCCUAAUGUCAGAAUCGUCAAUCGCACUAUCAUCCUUUUUCAUCUUCUAUGAUCUUCUCUCUCGAAGACUUUUCUGUCAGACAUGACGUUUAUAGAGAGAAGCAAGUCCACAUCUUCUCUGUCGGAGACGACGUUUACAGAGAGAAGCAACGGUCGCAAAAUUAGCAAACAAUUUAUGACUGAAAUCAUUAAGGUUGCAAGCGUUGCUCGAACCACUUUCCAAUUCGUUUACCGGUAAACACUCUUUCUGAUUCGUUUACCAGUAAACACUGGCGUUGCUCGAACCACUUUCCGAUUCGUUUACCAUAGGAUUAAUAGUCUCAUGGACAUAUCCACAUCUUCUCUGUCGGAGAUGAAAUUUACAGAGAGAAGCAAAUCGGUAGGCCCCGGCAAGUUGAAGUUUGGUUCCAAAACAGAAGAGCCAGGGGAUACAAGCGUUUUUUUCAAGCGGCUAUUGCUAGAAACUUCAGAUUAUCUCAAGGACGACUGCUUGAAGAUUAUCUGUAUUGUCGAAAUCGUGGUUUCCGCAGUAGAUUGUCCUAGGUUACAACACUCGAUCAAAGUACCCGAGUCUUUUGUACGUUACUCGAUAACAUGGAAGGUUCAGACGUUGUCUUCCAUGUGGCUGGAGAAAAGUUUCAUGCCCAUAAGUUGGUGUUAGCCGCUCGAACCCCCGUAUUUCGGUCUGUAUUCUGUACACAAGAUGCACAGAAUCAUCAUGAGAUUGAGCUUACUGACUUGGAACUAAAAGUUUUCAAGGUAACUUUAAUUAAUAUUGUAAUAAUAUAGUUUUUGUAAUUAAUAUAUACCUUAAAUUUAUCUGUAAUGAAAUCAGUUUUAUAAAAUUCUAGAUAAAAUCAGUUUUAUCUAAAGAUAUUAUAAAAUUCUAGAUAAAUCAGUUUUAAAUUUAAAAAUUCUAGAUAAAAUUAGUUUUAUCUAAAGUUAUUAUAAAAUUCUAGAUAAAAUCAGUUUUAUCUAAAGUUAUUAUAAAAUUCUAGAUAAAUCAGUUUUUAAUUUAAAAAUUCUAGAUAAAAUCAGUUUUAUCUAAAGUUAUUAUAAAAUCAUCUAAAGUUAUUAUAAAAUUAGUUUUAUAAAAUUCUAGAUAAAAUUAGUUUUAUCUAAAGUUAUUAUAAAAUCAGUUUUAUAAAAUUCUAGAUAAAUCAAUUUUAAAAAUUCAUGAUAACUCAAAAAAAAAAUCAUAAUCUAUUUAUACAUCUUUACCUUAUAAAUAUUGGACUUAAUCAUUCUAACAAUCAGAGCUCAUUCAAAACAAUCAGAUAUGGAAGACAGAAAUCUAAUCUAUUUGAAUGAUAUUGAUGGCAAAACAGCAGCUUUUACGAUAAAGGUAAAAGUACUUGGGCUUUGCAGAAAACCAAAUCCCAAAAAGGUUGGUGAGAUAUCUAUUGAGAUAAUGCUCAUGGAUGAAAAGUUACAUCUUUAACAACUUUAAUUAGUUAAUACGUAUUUACUUAAGGAUUUUUCAAGUUUUUUUAACAUACAUUAUUUUUCAUUAUAAUGUCAGGGGACUAAAGUGCAAGUCACUGUAUGGAGUAAUAACUUUAAAAGACAUGAAAAAUGUUAGAAGAAAAUGAAUGUUAUACAGUUUUUAAACCCCGAGUUGAUGAAAAUAAUCCAAAGUUUAAACAUUUUAACACCAAAUAUUUGCUGACCUUCAAUUUCGAAACAGCUAUUAGAAAGUGUAACAACUUCAUAGGCCCAACAUAUGGUUUUGAUUUGUCAACAUUUAAGGCUAUUAAAGAUGGUGGAGUUUCUUCAAAAUUUUGAAUCGACUUUAUUGGUUAUGUCGAGAAAUGGUUUCCAAGGGAGGAUACAACAACACGACAUGGAAAAACGUCCUAUAAGAUGGACUUAAUUUUGAGAGAUUUGGAGUUUAUUUUUCUUUUAAAUAUCGUUUUUCUAUUAACUUUUUCAUACUUUAUUGCUUAUUAUUCGUUAAAUUAAUAAAAAAAUUCAGGGGUAUUGUCUUAACGUUGACAUUGUAGGAGGAAUAUUGCGAUGAGAUGCAAGAGUACAUCUCAAAAUAUAAGCCAAAAGUACAUGUUGUACUUAUCGUUCAAUUUGGUAGCAUCAAUGACUACAAAGGCAACAUCAAUGUCUCAGACGCUUUUAAUAUCACUAAGUUGUUCAUCAAUGAACGCAAUGAAAAGAUUAUUAAUAUUAGAAGAAGUUACAUUGCGAAAAAAAUCUGCUGCAACACCAUCGGUUCAUCGUCCUGUUGACCAGUCCAGGGUAACAUCUAACGAAGCAGAGUUCCUGCAGAAUAAUUUUUUCAGCACUAUUGGUCGGAUUAGGGAAAUUACCAAGGAUAUGCAUGUUAUUGUUGUUGGUACAGUGACAGUUGUAAACAAAGACAACGAAUUGUAUUAUCUAGGUUGUGAAAGUUGUAAUCGCAAGGCUUCCCCAAGUUUAAUAUUCCCAGAAGAUGACGAUGGAAGUGAUGAUGUUGAUAUGAAAGAAGUUUUAAUAUGUACUAAUAAGGAUUGCAAAAGAGAUGUCAUACCGGCGGUUUGCAUGUACAAACUUUCACCACGAGUAGAGGAUUGUACAGGAACCGUAAAUCUAACUCUAUUUGACUGUGACACAGUAAAACUUUUGGGUUUAUCCGCCAAACAAAUGGUUGACAAAUAUCUACAGUCUUCUGGUGGUGAGAAAGUUACACUUGUUGAAUUCGAUUCCUUCAUCGACAAAAAGUAUGCAUUUAAAAUUCGUGUUGGAACGUAUAAUGUGGACAAGAAUGUUGAUGGAUUUUCUAUCUAUAAGUUAGUGGAUGAUCCAGCUAUAAUUGCAACACUUGAAAAGAAGUUUGAUGUUCCGGAAUGUGGUUAAAAUUUACUUUCACGCCUCUUAAAAUUGUUAUAACCAAUAGUUAAACGUGACAGGUUGAAGAAAUUAACUCAAUGAAUCUCCCCCCACUGCUUCGUCGUCACAAAGUGAUGCAACAUCGCCGCCCAAGAAUAAUGAGAUUAUGAAGAGUAAUGUUGAUCUGAAACGCACCUUGGAAGAUUGUUAUGAUCUACAAAAUUCAUCUUCGUUUACUCUAACAAAAAGUCGAAAAAGUGAACCAAAAGAUGAUGUCAAGGCUCAAUCAAAAGACAAACUUUUGAUUCCUAAAAUUGAAAAGUACCCUACGUAGAUUUCCUUCUAUGCCUUAUCCUGAUAUUCAUUCCACAUCCGUAGCAAACAAUCGUUUAAUAACAUAUGAACUCUCAUAUGAUGCAAGUGUUGUUGGUGCAGAGUUUAAUAAUCAUCUAACUACUUUAACAACUGAACAACGGUUAGUGUUUGAUGAGAUAACAAAUGCCGUUAAUGAAAACAUGGGAGGCUUAUUCUUUGUUUAUGGUUAUGGAGGUACUGGUAAAACAUUUUUGUGGAAGACAUUGUCUGUGGCCAUCAGAUCUAAAGGAGAAAUUGUAUUAAACGUUGCAUCAAGUGGAAUUGCAUCUCUGUUAUUAUCUGGAGGUAGGACGGCACAUUCUAGGUUUCAUAUUCCUUUAAAUCUUACGGAAGAAGCAAUCUGUCACAUUAAACCAGAUGGUGAAGUUGCUAAUUUACUUAAAGAAACAAAGUUGAUAAUUUGGGACGAAGCUCCAAGAUUCACAAACAUGCAUUUGAAGCACUAGACCGGACCAUGAAAGAUAUCUUCAAAUCAGAUGAUUCACCGAAUUCAGAAAUGCCAUUUGGAGGAAAAGUUAUGGUUUUGGGUGGUGAUUUUAGACAAAUCCUUCUGGUUAUUGUCAAUGGUAGUAGAAAUUGUAAAUGCUUCCAUCACUUCGUCCUAUAUUUGGGGGGCAUGCAAAGUCCUUAGGCUAACGAAAAACAUGAGGUUAACUAUAGGGAAUAACACAUCUGAAACAGAACAGACCAAAUCUUUUGCAAAGUGGCUUCUAGAUUUGGGUGAGGGAAACAUUGGUGAUACUGAUGACCUUGAGGUAACCAUAGAUAUUCCUGAAGACCUACUAAUUAAGAACUCGGUGGAUCCUUUGUCGAGUUUAAUCGACUUUGUAUACCCUUAUCUGCUUCAACUUUAUAAAAAUCAAUAUUAUUUUGCAGAAA